AUGCGGGGUGUGCAGAUCUUCUCGGGGAAUUCCCAUCCCGCCCUUACAGAGACCAUCUGUGAGCGGUUGGGAACCUCGCCUGCUCCGGCAGACCUCGGGAAAUUCGCCAAUGGCGAGACCAGCGUGAACAUCGGCGUCUCGGUCCGCAACCAAGAUGUCUACAUUGUUCAGAGUGGCAGCAGCAAGAUUAAUGACAGUGUCAUGGAGCUGCUGAUUAUGAUCUCGGCGUGCAAAGGUGGUUCGGCCAAGUCGAUUACUGCGGUCAUGCCAUACUUCCCAUACUCCCGUCAAUCCAAGAAGAAGAGCCAUCGUGGUGCCAUCACCGCCCGGAUGCUCGCCAACCUGCUCUCCAUCGCCGGUGUGGACCAUGUGAUCACCAUGGACCUGCACGCAUCCCAGAUGCAAGGCUUCUUUGGCAAGCCCGUCGACAACCUCUUCGCCGAACCGUUCAUUGCCCGCUGGAUCCGGAUGAAUGUGCCAGGAUGGAGGGACGCAGUGGUGGUGAGCAAGAAUGCCGGCGGUACCAAGCGGGUCACAUCGUUGGCGGAUACCCUCAAAUUGAACUUUGGCAUCGUGACUACCGAUCGGCGUCGCCCAAAGGUUCCCAUCAACACGAUGUCCGAUAGCACGGUCUUCUUCGAUGCCGUUGAGGAUGAGGGACGAUUUUCGAAGGAGGCGCAGCCUUUCGAACUUCGUCUCCAUCGUUCCCUGGCAACGCCUCCCAUCCCCGAGGGGCUGGAAAACGUGGAUUCUCCCCAAGACCUGCUGCGUCCGGAGACCCCUCCGGCAGCUCGUCGACCAUCGGAGCUUGAGGUCGAGUACACCGAUGUUCGAGUUCGAGAUGUAGUCACUGGCCGUUUGGUGCAGGGCCAGCUGGUUGAUGAUGACUACCAAGGGUCUGAAUCGCACUCUGGUGGAACCACCCCCGGGGCUGGUGGCAGUGCCAUUGGCCACGGCGAAAACACCGAGGUCGUCCCCGAGACCAUGUUUAAUUCCAUGAUCUCGAGCGUUUCCUCACUGCCCCCAGACCAUGCUCUGGGCGGCUCCUUUGACGCGGUUGAGUCGGAUGACGAGGCCAGUGUUGUUGGUCACGACCAUGAGCGGACCAUCACGCUGGUCGGUGAAGUCCGGGAUCGACCAGUGUUCCUCGUAGAUGACAUGAUUGACAAGAGUGGAUCGUGGAUUGCCGCCGCCGAGACCGUUGUCAAGCGUGGUGGUGCGGCCAAGGUCUAUUGCAUUGCCACCCACGGUCUGUUCGGAUCCGAUUCGCUCGACCAGAUGGAGGCUUGCCCUUCCAUUGACCACAUUGUCGUGACGAACACAUUCCCGAUUGAGCCGUCGAUGCUCAAGCGGUCUAAGAAGCUGAUCGUCAUCGACGUCUCCACUCUUCUAGCUGAGAGCAUUCGGCGGCAUCACUACGGUGAAAGGUGA